UAAACACCUUAAGGCUGUACGGUGAUUACAUAACAGGACAAUGGUAAUCAUAAACAUGUGCAAGGGUCAAGGAAUUUGCGAUUAAAAGGCUAGCAUCAGUGUUGUUUACGGUGCGCGGCUAGCAUCAGUGUUGUUUACGGUGCGCGGCUAGCAUCAGUGUUGUUUACGGUGCGCGGCUAGCAUCAGUGUUGUUUACGGUGCGCGGCUAGCAUCAGUGUUGUUUACGGUGCGCGGCUAUUAAAAUGCUUCUUCUUUCACAAACUUACUCGCGUGUCAUCACACUAUAAGGUUGUGCAGGCAUUAAUGCUUGUACCGACAACAGUUACUGUUCAUAGCUCUCUAUCAAGUUAUUGUCGAUAAUUUAUCUCCCCAGCGAAGCUAGAACAUGUUUAUUUAUCGGGAGUGAUCACAAUCUGUUGAAGUUUUGUUGUUGACUGGUUGUUAGUGCGGAGCAUAUUUUCACUGGAUUAGACAGGCAGACAGCUUCCAGACAGAAAUGUUCUGAAUCAAAUCAGCGAGAUGUCCUGCCGCACAAUCGAUGGCAUUUAUGAAGAAGAACCGGAAGCAGAAGUGACUGUUGAACUCCGACCUUUCAAGCACCAGGUGGGAGGUCACACGUGUGUACUCGAAGUCGGCUGUGGCGUUAUCUGCAAGCCGCUCAUUGACCGGGAACAGAAGUUCUACACGAGCGCUCCGGAGUCGUUGAGAAGCUUUAUCCCGCGAUAUUUCGGCGAAACAUGCGUCACGUGUGACAUCACCCAAAGCCGGAAGUGCCUUGUUGCCAAGGUGCCACGUGAGCUCGUGUCACCAGGAGAGAUUAAUGAGAGAUGUGCUUCUGGAUUUGAUGAGUUCAUUGCCACAAAACGUAGGAAAAUGCAUAGAAGUUCUGAAAAUGAGGCCCCGACACUAGCAGCCUGGAGUAACUCGUGCAUAGAGAGACAAAUCACCCGGUACGGGUUCUGGGCCAACAACCAGCCGCAAAAAUUCAUCAUGCUUGAAAACCUUGUAAAAGACUACAAACGUCCCUGUCUGAUGGACCUGAAGAUGGGAAAACGGCAGUUCGGGUCGGACUCAGACGCUGAAAAACGGAAGUUACUCGAGAGUAGAUGCGCGAGCUCAACUUCCGCAACACUGGGUUUCCGCAUCUGUGGAAGUCAGUCGUAUCAGAAAACGUCGGAUGCCUACACGUUCCAUGAUAAGUACCAUGGGCGUAGCUUGAACGAUGCUGGAGCGAUAGAGGAAUUGAGACUGUUCUUCCAUAACGGGGCGGAGCUGCGAACCGACAUCAUCUUGGCCCUGUUUACCAAACUUACAGAGCUAGAAAAAGCUUUGUUGAAAGAAAAAGAUUUGGACUUACAUUCUGCCUCGUUACUGUUAAUUUACGAGGGCAUGCCGGCGACUGAUGAUCUGCCUGGUGCCGGAAGUGAAAACGAUGCGCAUGCGUCUGGUGCUACAAGUAGUGCAAAAGUCCCGAGUAGAAAACACAGAAAAGAUAUUGAACAAGUUGAAGCGACUGAUCGGUCAUGUAGUGACAGUGACCUUGGUACGCAUUUAGACACGCUAAAAAGUCAGCAGAAAAACGACUCCAGUCAAAAACCCGAUACUGAUUUUGAGCCGGAUUCAUCGGAGUGCAAAGUUGAUGUCCGACUUAUAGACUUUGCGCAUGCAAGCGAGUCAUUACAGAAAUCUUGCGAAAACCCUAUUGUGUUCGGAUUAAAGAGCAUUCAAGUCAUUCUUCGCGACUUGGUCAGUCAACAUAGUAUUACUAAAUGAGAUUUGUGCGGGCUGUUAACGAACGGUUUUAAAAAGGUUCAGUCGAUGCUUUCAAAAAAUAACAAAAUGAUAAUAAACGCUAUGUUUAUGAAACCUACUCUAUGUGAAAUGUUAGAUAGUUUAUUCUAAUGCAUAGCGUAACACGUACCUAGAUGUAAGACUUUAUUUAAAUCGAAUAUAUGAUAACAAGAAAUAUUAGCCCAAUGAGUUAUUUUCAGACAUGCCUGUAAGUAAAAUGAAUUUAUUUUUUUAAAUAUCUUUAUUUUUGGUGUUGUAUUCUAUACAUUGUAUUAAAGUCAUGUAUUUUUAUACCAUUUCCGUAUGUCUCUGUUAAAUGCACAUGCUUUGAUAACUAUUGUUUCACUAAUGAUAUAUAUUUUGCUUGAAAGUCGAUUUGCCUGCCAAUAUUACUCAGACAUCAUGUAUCAUUGUUCUAGACCAAAGAAUCACGGAAUGUGUUUCCCCAUAACCUAGUCACCGUUCUGUAUUUUUAAGUUUUAUUGAUUGUGAUAACUCGUGUUUGUCUAAAUGCAUUUUUUUCACCAGCUUUAGUUCAAAUUCAUUUUAAACUCGUUGACCUCUAGCCUAUAAACUGGGUCAUCGUGAAAUGUUCGGCUACUGGGCUUGUCCCUGUAGUGUUUAUUGUAUCAUUGUAGACGUGGUUGCCACCAGUGAAUAUUCCCUUGUUACCUUUUACUGAUCAAUACUAUUAAAAGUCAAUAAACUAACUGAAAACAA